AUGACAGUUCAUGAGAGUACUGUCGGGAGGUUCGAUGAUUUCAGCCUGGAAAUCAUGCUGUCCAAGGCACUCUCGGUAGCAGUCAUUGCAGGCUCCUGUGUUGGGAAAAUGCCGCAGGUGAUGGCCGUGUGGAACGCAAGGUCGGCCCAAGGUCUCUCCAAAGUUAGCAUCUGGACUGAAGCUGUCAGCAUGGGCGUGCAGCUUUCGUACAACAUUGUGCGGCACACGCCCAUUACGACCUAUGCGGAAGUUGCAAUACUUUUUCCACAGAUGCUGCUUCUGACGCUGGUGGUAGCCUGGGCUGACUCAAUUUUGGGCCCUCGCGUUUGGCUAGCCUGCGGAUGCCUUUGCACUGGCGUGGUUCUCAUGGCUACAGGGCUGGUGUCAUCAACUGUCACUGCCGCAGCCUAUGCAGCAAACGCGCUUUUUGGGAUUGUGGCCGUUCUCCCCCAGGUGGUGAUCAACUACAGGAACAAGUCUACUGGACAGCUUUCGUUCCUGGUCACUGCCAUGACCUUUGGAGGGAUGGGGGCGCGGUUGUACACCACGUUCGUGGAAGUGGAUGAUGUGGCCUUGCGUACGACCAUGUUGGUCAACUUCACCCUUGUCUCCACGCUGAUGAUGCAGUUCGCAAUUUACCGCGACACGCGCCCGCUGCCUCCAAAGCCGCAAGAGAUGGACCUAGAGCCUGAGUCGCCAGUAGACAGCGUCCACUCUCCGAAGCCUUUCAAGCGCCAGGCAUCGAUGGUCCAGGCAUUCGCAAGCUUUGGAAGCUCGCGCUGCCUUUCCGAGAUGGUCGAUGUGGAGAUGAUGGAGAACAAUGUGGCCGUCAUCAAGUCAAGAUCCAGCGCGUCCCUUUCCCAAUUCGCUCGGUCUCUUUCAUGGAGCGAGCCACCUCCCGCGAGUAGUUCUGUUCCUGACUUGGACACCUUCGAUCUUCGCCAGGCAUCAGCUCCGUCGCCCAUGCUGCGCCGGAAUUGA